AUGAGCAGUUUAUAUUGCGUCGCUUGCGUUCGGGUGAAUCCAUUGAUACGUCCUUCCCGUGUGACGAUUUACUUAUUAGUCGUCGCUCGACUCGAUGUAAAAUACGGCAAGUUCAUUUUGCCUUUGUCACUAAACCUUUCGGAAACGAAGAGAUUUUAUACCUUUCAUUGGUCUGUGACUUCCCCGAACUAUAAUACGAGAUUUCCCCCCUCCAUCUCUCUCUCUCUCUCUCUCUCUCUCUUUUCUUCCUCUCUCUUGCUUCCUAUCUUUGUCUCUCUCUUUCUCUCUCUUUCUUCCUCUCUCUCUCUUUCUCUUUCUCUCUCUGUCUUCCUCUCUCUUUCUUCUUCUCUCUUUCUUCUUCUCUCUGUCUUCCUCUCUCUUUCUUCUUCUCUCUUUCUUCCCCUCUCUUUCUUCCUCUCUCUCUUUUUCUUUGUCUCUUUCUUCAUCUCUCUCUCUUUCUCUCUCUUUCUCUCUCUCUUUCUUCUUCUCUCUCUUUCUCUUCCUCUCUCUGCCUUCUUCCCUCUCCCUUUCUCUUUCUCUCUCUCUCCCUCUCUCUCUUUCUUUUUUUUCUCACUCUUUCUUCCUCUCUCUCUCUCUCUCUCUCUGUGA